UACAUUCUGCAUCUCAAUCCACCUAAGCUGUCUUCUUGGAAGAGGACAGCUAGGAAGUUUGAGGUUCUCUAAGUCAUUUCUGAAUGGUGAAGAGGUAACAGGCAGGGUGGCCCUCUGAAAAAGUCUGCCAGAAGUAGUUGUAUCUGAUGCGCUAGAUGACAGGGAGUGAGCCUUGGAGUAAAUGGGACUGGAGACUUAGAAGGAAAACCAGAAUAAAUUCCAAAGUGAUUGGCCCUGUGGGUAGGAGGGGAAUAUCUGGAACAUGGGUCUUUGAAGUGUGGAAAAACAAAAGAAAUCCAGUUUGACCAGGGCCCUUAGUACCAAAAAGAUGGCUGCAGAGUAGUCAGAAAGGAGAACUUGAGAGUUCACAUAAAUGAGGAUGGGAAGAAAUGGAUCAGAAUCCUAAUGAGAAAAAGCAGGAGUCAUAAAGUUAGCUGUAAGGAUGAUAAGAAAACACCUCUUCCCAGGGUAGCGGUGAUGGUACUGAUCUGGGGAAAGCAGGUUUAUCAGCUACACUGUUCAGAAUCAAACCAGACAUUCGGAAUUCAGUACAAGGAUUGAAACCAAAAUGCUCCUGGACAUAUCUGUUUUUGAAGAAUACUGGUAGGGAUGACAGAGCAUGAGUGUGAAAGGGGCAGAAGUCUAUGCCAGGAGAGAGCAGUCCCCAACAGAAGCUCUCAGCUGUGCACACAGAGCUGCUCAGUCAUUCAAAGGAAAGAUGUCACCCAUUCUAUCUCUGAGCUUUAGCACCAAUCACUGUAGCUAAUAUUUCCUGAAGCCUAUGUGCCAGAGACAGUGCUAAGAGCAUUACAUGCAUUAUCUCAUUUAAUCCUCAUAACAACCUUGUGAGUUGGCACUACUAUAUCCUUUAUAGAUGAGGAAACAGGCUUAGAGAGGUGAAGUAAUUUGCCAAAGGUCACACAGCUAGUAAGUUAGAGUCAGGAUCUGAAUCCAAGUAGUCUGUCUCUACAGCCAAUGCUCUUAAUCACCUGUGCUGGGGUCCUCCAGAACCUGCGGGAAACUCAGAGGAGGAUGCCGAAGGAUAAAUUCCUAAAGCCUCAUUCCAUCAGGUAUAGGAGGAAAGAAGGGGUACCUCUGUGAAAUUGGAGUGAUUCAUUCCAUUAGGGCAUUUAGAGGAGAUGCUCCUCUGUGAAAGGAGGUAAGAACCAUCCCCCGGUAUGGGGCGAUCCUGUGCCUGCUGUUAUGUUUGAGGGAGUUAAACAUCUCUGGGAUGCCUGAGGAAAAGAGAAAGCCCUCUCCCCCAUCUCUGAGGAGCAGCCCUGUUUCUUAGAUACAUCAAUGAAACCCUGCUCCGGGGUCUAAGGGAAACACAUUCUCCACUCCAGGUGCCUGCCUGCCCUCCUGGAGCCUCUGGCUGUCGCACCCUACUGCAGCUCCUCGGUUUGGCUGGGUCACAGGAUUAGCCAUCCCCAGGAAAUGCCUCCCUCCGGUUCAGGCAGGGAUCCCAGCAUACACACCCCUGCUGGGGGGUGGGGGGGGCGGAUGGCGGAAUGCUUCCUUCUCUUCAGGUCAGGGAAGAGAUCUGGAGACUACCUGGGGCCCUCACCCCUCCCACCUCCUUGCUGGGGAAAUGCCCAGUGCAGUGCCCCUUCCAUGUCCACCUCCCUCCCUCUAGCUGUACCGGGGCAUGAAUCAGCUCUCACAGCUUGUUAAAGCUAGACCUCUUGUUUUCAUGCCCUCACCUCAGGAAACAGAGUUACAGCUUUUCCAGCUCUACUCAGCAGGAGGCCAGGGUCCUCACUUUAUAAACAUCCCCAGCCUGUGAGAGCAGAGGGCACGGAGAUGGUGUGAGACAGGAGCCCAAGGGAGAAAGAGACAAACUAAGACUCAAGGAGCAAAGCAAAGAGAAGCCAAGGAGUCGAGACCAGAGUAGCCCGAACAGAAGCCAAGCCGGGUCGGAGAGGGCUGUGCUGCAGGAAUGGCCCUAAGGAUGCUCUGGGCUAGACAGGCCAAAGGGAUCCUGGGAGGCUGGGGGAUCAUCUGUUUGGUGAUGUCUCUAUUCCUCCAGCAUCCAGGAGUCCACAGCAAGUGCUACUUCCAAGCUCAAGCCCCCUGUCACUAUGAGGGAAAAUAUUUUACCCUCGGUGAAUCCUGGCUCCGCAAGGACUGUUUCCAUUGCACCUGUCUGCAUCCCGUUGGUGUGGGCUGCUGUGACACGUCCCAGCAUCCCAUCGACUUCCCUGCUGGGUGUGAGGUACGUCUGGAAGCAGGAACCUGCCAAUUCUCCUUGGUGCAAAAAUCUGACCCUCGGCUGCCCUGCAAAGGCGGAGGGCCUGACCCAGAGUGGGGCUCAGCUAUCACCCCUGUUCCUGGGGCCCCUGCUCCCCACUCAAGCUAAACUCAGCUGAUCACCCAUCUGCUGACUGCUCACUGCUGCUGCCACUUCCAGGGAAACCACUAGCAGCUGCCAAUUUAUUCUGAAUAAAUAAAUUAAUGCUACAGCUGAAA